UACAUCAUUUAAUUCAAUAUUGUUACGAAAUUGAUUGUACCCUCAUUUUUCCACUCCCCACUGUUCAAUUAUCGACUACGCCAUAUCAAUUUUGUCUUGAAUGUUCAGCAUGUGUUUAGUUAGACAGCUCGAGUGUAAACAAGAGAUAUUCUAUUUCUGCACCAAAUGCUGAGAAUUGUCAACCGACAAUGACGCAGAACAACGGCAAUGCCUCCAGCAGUGGUGGCAGUGCGUCUUCGAUGUGUUUAACGCCCGCCGAGGAGCACUUAACAGUGGCCGUUCGCAUCCGCCCAUCAAGUGAGUCCAACGAGCACAAAUGUGUACAUGUGACGUCGAAGAAAACUCUACUCUUUGAUGAUGGAAGCAAAACGAAACCCAUGAAGUAUGUUUAUGAUAACGUCUUUGGCGAGGAUUCAAGUCAGGAAGACGUGUAUGCAAAAACUACCGCUCCACUCGUGAAAGACGUCCUCAGUGGCUUGAAUGCCGCGGCAUUUGCAUACGGAGCCACGGGAUCGGGAAAAACACACACAAUGCUGGGUCCCAAUCCCAAAAAAGCCGCAACACCACAAACAGAGAGCACUCCCAAGGCAGUUGCCGACCAGCAGAACGACGGGCUGAUGGUGCGAGCAAUUGCGGAAAUAUUUGAAUUUGUCGAGAAAUCCGAGACCCCUGAAGCCAUUCGGGUGUCUAUCUCCUACCUCGAAAUCUACAAUGAGCUCAUCAGGGACCUGCUGCAGCCUGGCGGCCCACUUGAGCUGCGGGAGGACAAUCGUGGAGCGAGAAUCACCGUGGCGGGAUUGUCUGAGGUGACGACCACGCAGAGGCAUGAGGUGAUUUCGCUGCUGCUGAAGGGGAACAAGGCCAGGACAAUGGAGCCAACAGGCUCCAACCAGACGUCCUCUCGCAGUCAUGCUCUCCUCAGUGUCACAGUGACACAGUCUUCAGCCUUGGGCACCAAGCAGGGAAGGCUCUUCCUCACAGACUUGGCGGGCUCUGAGCGCGCCAAGAAGACCAAGAACAGGGGCAAACGGUUGCAGGAAGGAGCUCAUAUCAACAGGAGUCUCUUGGCUCUGGGGAACUGCAUCAACGCCCUGUCUGGAGGAGCUCGCUACGUGAACUACAGAGACUCCAAGCUCACGAGACUCCUCAAGGAAGCCCUCAGUGGCCAUUGUCGCACAGUUAUGAUCGCUCACGUGGCGCCAGAAAACCGUCAUCGUGACGAAACCAAGAAUACUCUGGUUUACGCCAAUCGAGCGAACAACAUCACGACUCGGAUGCAGAAUCCUGAGCUCCUCAUGGAGGAAACCAGAGAAUUUCCCACCACGCACUACCAGAAUUUGGUGACAGAACUCAGGGAAGAAGUGAAUAGGCUCAAAACAAAGAUGCUAACGGAGAGACCACGCUCUGGAGCGGCUCUCAAGAUUGAUCCUAAUGACGAGAAGAGAAAGACAGAAUUGCGCUUCCUACGGGAACAGAUUGUUCUCACAUUCAAGCAACAGAUGAAGCUCAGGAGACGUCUCUUGGAGGCUGAAAGUCACGUUAUGGGUCUGGAAUUGGAUGCUGAGAGACAGCAUAUGAUCAUUUCUCACUGGCAAGGAAGGAUGGGAAAGUUGUAUGACGCCCAGAAUGACAAUGAAGCUGAAUCCGAAGGUAGCACAGCCAUUCGGUCAGCCUGGAGCGAAUUGGCGGCAAUUGAGCGAGAGAUGAAGCGUUAUAAGGACAUUGUAUUGGCCACAGAGCAGGAUUUGGAGCUGUGCAGGCAGAAGGGCGUUGCAUUGGAGGAUGAGCUCCCAGAGAGAAUCAGCAGUGAUGAGGAGCGUGAAUUGCUAGGGCUCUUGUGUCGUGUGCACGAAUUAGAAGCUGACAAGGUGUCACUCCAGGCCGAGAGAUUAGCACGCCAGGGUGAAUUGCGGAGGCGAGAUCUACAAUUAUUGAGGGCUGAGCGACAAAGACGUCUCUGUGAGGACAUUAUCAGCACGCAAAGGCGGCUCAUCGAAGAGGGCAAAUUGGAGCUUCCGCCGGAACUCAAGGACAUGUAUGCGCUGUAUCAGCAGGAAAUCCACGCGAGCACCUACACCAGCUCGGGAGCCACUCCGUCCACCGCCGCGGGCUAUGAUGGAAAACUGCCCCCAAUCUACAAACGUCGCACGCCGCCCAGCUCCAGUUCCGGCUCUGACUGGUCUCCAACGCCUCUGACAGGCAGCCGACCCGCUGACCCCACGACAGACGGCCCAGAUGGACUGAUGGGCCCUCCAGUGGGACCCAAAUUGCCCCUCAUUCCAGGACGAACGCGCUCGCUACGCGAGAACCGAAGUGGAGAUCAUCAGAGUACGUCGAGUGAGGAUUAAAGUGCUCCCACACAUGAUUACCUCGCGGGAACAUCGGCGGGAAAUUCC